AAUAUAAUAACAUAUAAUAAUAUAUAUUAAUAUAAAUAAUUAGCCCUUCAUCUUCAGAUUUAGAAACUAUAUGCAAAAUGCUUGAUGCAGGAAUGAAUGUUGCAAGGAUAAACAUAUUGCAUUCAGAAAAGGAUGUUUAGAAAAAAAAUUAAAAUUCAUUUAAUAUAAUAUUUUUAUUUUUUUUGAAAGUUUUAUGAAAAUAUAAUUAAUAAUUUAAGAAAAGCUUUUAAAUUAAAAAAGCAUCUACAAUGUUCUAUUAUGCUAGACACAAGGGGACCAGAAGUAAUAACUUCGUAUUUAAAAAAUGGUCAACCUAUAAAAUUAAAAUAAGGAUAACUAUUGGAAAUAUUAGGCGACAAUGAAGAGUAUGAAGGUGAUAAUAAAGUAAUUGGAUGCUCAAUAAAUUUAUCUUAAUGUGUAAAAAUAGGUUAAUAAAUAUUAAUGUAAUAAGGAAGUAUAUCUUGCCAUGUUAUUGAAAUAAAAGAGGUAAAUAUAAUUUAUAUAAAAUAAGCAUAAUAUUUAUAAAAAGGAAAGUGUAAUAGUAUAAAUUGAUAACGAUUCAAUUCUAAAUAGUUAAACGAGAAUAAGACUACCGGGUUGUAAUUUAAAUUUACCCACAAUAAGUGAAUAAGAUGAAGAAGAUAUAAUUAAUUAUGGUGUAGAAAAAGGAAUAGAUUAUAUAUCAGUAUCGUUUUGUACUAGUGCUCAAGAUAUAGAACAAAUAAAAGAUUUGAUAUCACCAAGGGGAGAUAACAUAAAGAUUAUUGCAAAAAUAGAAAAUUUACUAGGUUUAGAGAAUUUCGAAGAAAUUUUAUAAGCAUCAGAUGGUAUAAUGAUAGCUAGAGGAGAUUUAGGAAUGGAAAUUCCUACUCAAAAAGUAUUUGUAGCGUAAAAAUGGAUUAUUGAGAGAUGUUUAGAAGUAGGAAAGCCAGUAAUAACUGCCACUUAAAUGAUGGAAAGUAUGAUUUAAUAUCCUAGGCCUACAAGAGCAGAAGCAAGUGAUGUUGCAAAUGCUAUUUUAGAUGGUACUGAUGCUGUUUUACUAUCUUCUGAGACUUCUAAAGGAAAAUACCCAGUUGAAUGUAUUUAAAUAAUCUCAAAGUUAGUUUCUGAAGCUGAAAUGUGUUAUAAUAAUGCUUAAAAUUUUUUCCAUAGAACGAAAAUUGUAAGAGAAAUAUCUGAUAGAGAAAGUAUGGCUACAAGUGCUGUUUAGAUGAGCUUUGAUCUUAAAGCUAAUACAAUUGUUAUAUUUUCUAUGUAUGGAGAUAUGGCCAGAAUGGUUUGUAAAUAUAGACCCAAAGCACAUAUUAUUGUAGUUAGUAAUAUGGCUGGUACUAUUAAAGGUUUAGCUAUUAGCUGUGGAAUCGUUUGUUUAAAAGUUCCUUCUUUUUAAGGAAUCGAUUAAAUUAUUAAUUAUGCUAUUUAAAGAGCUAAAGAAUUAAACUUUUGUUAAAAAAAUGAAAAGGUAAUUGUUAUUAUGGGCAGUGAAGAAGAUGAUUAAGAUUAAAGUGACAUUUUGAAGGUUAAAGUUGUCACAUGA